ACGGACCUACAAGUGACAGUGUGUGUGUGCAUCCUGCGCCCUGCUGGCAGCCCCCGAGAGCCAGGUUAUCCACAGGAGGCUCAGGAGGGUACAAGGAGCCAUGGCGGAAGACAAAGGCAAGAAAGACUCCAUCCGCAUGAGUCAGAAGGGAUGUCAGACCAACAAUGGGUUUGUCCAAAAUGAAGACACUCCAGAGCUGGAACCAGAGCCCAGCAGCUCCGUGAGCAUCACGGGCGCAGGGGAGCCCGACGCCCAGCGCGUGCGGCCCUACGCGGGGAUGCCCAAGGAGGUGCUGUUCCAGUUCUCAGGCCAGGCCCGCUACCGCGUGCCCCGCGAGAUUCUCUUCUGGCUCACCAUUGUGGUGGUGCUCCUGCUCAUCGCGGCCACCGUGGCUAUCAUCGCCAUCUCUCCAAAGUGCCUGGACUGGUGGCAGGCGGGGCCCAUGUACCAGAUCUACCCAAGGUCUUUCAAGGACAGCGAUGAGGAUGGGAAUGGAGAUCUGAAAGGUAUUCAAGAUAAACUGGACUACAUCGCUGCUUUAAAUAUAAAAACUAUUUGGAUUACUUCAUUCUAUAAAUCAUCCCUUAAAGAUUUCAGAUAUGGCAUCGAAGAUUUCCGAGAAAUUGAUCCUAUUUUUGGAACAAUGGAAGAUUUCGAGAACCUGCUCGCGGCCAUCCACGAUAAGGGUUUAAAAUUAAUAAUUGAUUUCAUACCAAACCACACCAGCGAUAAACAUCCUUGGUUCGAAAUGAGUAGGACACGGACUGGGAAAUACACCGAUUAUUACAUCUGGCGUGACUGUGCUCAUGAAAACGGCGUGACCGUCCCGCCCAAUAACUGGUUGAGCGUGUACGGCAACUCCAGCUGGCGCUUUGACGAAGUGCGCAAGCAGUGCUAUUACCACCAGUUUCUGCCAGAGCAACCUGAUUUAAACUUCCGAAACGCCGACGUUCACGAAGAAGUAAAAGAAAUAAUACAGUUCUGGCUCGCAAAGGGUGUUGAUGGCUUCAGUUUCGAUGCUGUUAAAUUUCUUCUAGAAGCAAAGGAUCUGAGAGAUGAAAUCCAAGUCAAUAAGUCCCAAAAUCCGGACACUGUCACUCAGUACUCGGAGCUGUACCACGACUUCACCACUACCCAAGUGGGAACGCAUGACAUUGUCCGGAGCUUCCGGCAGACUAUGGACCGCUACAGCCGGGAGCCUGGCAGAUACAGGUUCAUGGGGACUGAGGCGUACGCCGAGAGCACCGCCAGGACCAUGAUGUACUACGGGCUGCCCUUUGUCCAAGAAGCGGACUUCCCGUUCAACAACUUCUUCACCACCCUCCACGCUCUUUCUGGGAACCUUGUGCAUGAGGUUAUCUUAUCGUGGAUGGCAAACAUGCCGGAAGGGAAGUGGCCUAAUUGGAUGCUUGGUGGACCGGACAGUACUCGGCUGGCCUCCCGUUUUGGGGACCAGUACGUCAACAUCAUGAACAUGCUGCUCUUCACGCUCCCUGGGACGCCUGUCACUUACUAUGGAGAGGAACUAGGGAUGCAAGAUAUUUUAGCCCCAAACAUCAACGAACGCUACGAUACUAGUACGCUUCUCUCAAAGUCGCCAAUGCAGUGGGAUAACAGUUCAAAUGCUGGCUUUUCUGAAGGAAAUCACACUUGGUUGCCCACCAGUUCAGACUACCACACUGUCAAUGUCCAUGUCCAAAAGACUCAGCCUACCUCAGCUUUGAAGCUGUACCAAGACCUAAGUCUCCUUCACGCCAACGAGCUGCUCAUCAGCAGGGGCUGGUUCUGCCUGCUGAGUAGCGACAGCCACUCCGUGGCGUACACGAGGGAGCUGGACGGCAUAGACACGGUCUUUCUUGUGGUUCUGAACUUCGGAGACCCGACCCUGCUGAAUCUGCAGGAAAUGAAUCUGGGUCUCCCCCCAAAACUCAGAGUGAGGCUGGGUACCAGCCCCGCCUCUGCACGCCGGGAGGUUGACUCGGGCGGGGUUGCCCUGGAGAGGGGAGAAGGAUUGAUCCUCGAGUACAGCGCGAAGCGCCUCCUUCACCAACAAGCGGCGUUCAGCGACAAAUGCUUUAUUUCCAGUCGAGCCUGCUACUCCAGCGCCCUUGACAUACUAUACAGCGUGUGCUGAGGCACUCCGUGAAGGGCACGGCGAACCGGCGCUUUCGUUUUAACCUCACCUACAGCACAGUGCUGGGUAAACGUCAUAAACAGCCGCUAAUUCCUCACUAUUUCUCACUUGAGUGUAACUGCUUCAGAAAAGGUUCUCAAAUGUUUAAAAUAAUACAACGUUUAAA